GAUGAGACAUCUAAAACACUUGACAACUUAACGAAUUGUACCAUUUACGUCACCGUAGGUUUUUUGCCGGUGUAUUUGCAAACGUCUCUCCCAAGACUCAAAAUUGAAAAUGAAAUUCAAUGCUUCAAAUCUCAAGCACACUUUUCAAUUAAAUAUGUAAAAUAUAUAUAUUUUUUUACCAAAAAUGAAGUUGCUGUCAUAAUAUCUAUGCAUAUUUUAUUAUUCGUUCAUUCAUUCAUUCAUUCUUAAAGCUUCUAGCUUUCUUCCUCAUCUCAUCUCAUUUCAUUCAAACCACACUUUCGUGUUCAUCUAUUCUGAUAUCAACGACAACCUUUGUGACUCUUAGUUUUGACUAGUAGUUAGAUUACAGAUUACUGUUUCCUCCUAACGAUACAGUUUUUUGAACUUUGAUUGAUAUAGUUGUUUUCUUCUAUAUGGACCAAGAAGCUGAUUACGUAAUUGGGGUUGAAAUUGGGAAGUAAUUUAGAGUUUCUGGGAAAUGGGUUAUUCUUAAUUUUAGCUGUAAAUGAAUACCUAUUAACCGAAUUGCGUGAUUUUACAUAAUGAUUAUUGUGGAUUUCAAGCUGCGUUGAUCGUAACUCGUAAAGGGCCGCUCAUGGGGAGUUUUCUGGGUGGCUUCGUAUUGCCUCUGCUUCUUUUGACAGGUGCUUUAAUCAACUGGAGCUUGAUCUCUUUUGUUGAUUUGAUAGCCUUUCUUCUCAUUCAGUUCAAUGCUCGAAAAAUUGGAUUUCGAAGGAGGUUCUUAUUGUUAUGGCCCGUCAUCAUUUUUUCAUCACUUGCUGUUCUUUCUGAGGUGAUAUAUGUUGUUAUUAGCACUAUUAAGGGAAAUGAGUGGAGUAUAGCAAAUGCUUGUUGGGGAAAGCUGGUCGGAUUCAUGAUAAUCCAAUCAUGGAAAUCUCCAAUGAUUUAUAUUAUAGCUGUGCAGCUUUCAGCUGUAGUUGUUGCAUUGCUUGAUUUGCAUGGAAGCAAAUUUGGUUCGUUUUCAAGGCGUAAUUCCUGUUGGAGUCAUUUCUUGUCAGCAAUUGAACACUUAGGUUCUCAUAUUAGGGUUGCUUCCUGCUUUCUAUUGCCUGCAAUUCAGCUGGUUGUGGGGAUUAGCCAUCCCUCAUGGGUUUCCCUACCAUUUUUCAUUGGAAGUUGUGUUGGUCUUGUGAAUUGGUCUUUGACAAGCAAUUUUCUAGGACUUUUCAGGUGGUGGAGGCCUUUACAACUGUAUGCAGGCUUCAACAUCCUCUUAUUAUAUGUGUAUCAGCUGCCUGUCAAGUUUCCAAGCUUGUUAAAUUGGUCAGCUGAUUUCAUUGGUUUAUUCAAGAUUACAGCAGAUUCUGAGUGGCCUGAAAUUUGUUCAAGCUUUUCUCUCGUUAUUUUUUAUAUCACGCUCUCUUAUCUCAAAUCUGAUUUGGAAGAAAUGGACUUCAUUAUGUCUAUGGGAGAAAGUAACUUGGCAGAGCAACUUCUUCCUUCAAAGCAUUCAUUUUUUAUUCGUCAACAUAGAUCUGGUGGAAGGCACACUAAUGUUUUCUUGAGAGGAGCAGUUUUUCGGAUAUUUAGCAUCAACUUUUUCACGUACGGCUUUCCGGUGUCCUUGUUUGCUCUUUCCUUUUGGAGUUUUCAUUUUGCAAGUAUAUGUGCAUUCGGCUUACUUGCAUAUGUUGGUUACAUCUUGUAUGUCUUCCCGUCAUUGUUCCAUUUGCAUCGGUUGAACGGGCUGCUUCUUGUCUUCAUUCUGUUAUGGGCCGUCAGCACAUAUGUUUUCAAUGUGGCAUUCACAUUAUUGAACUCAAAACUGGGGAAGGACAUGGCUAUAUGGGAAAUGGUUGGCUUGUGGCAUUAUCCUGUACCUGGAUUUUUUUUGCUUGCACAAUUUUGUCUUGGAAUAUUGGUCGCCCUGGGUAAUCUUGUUAACAACUCAGUUUUUCUCUACUUGUCUGAUGAAGAUAGGCGAUCUUCGAAUGAUAACAAUGUUGUGGAAGGUAGGCAGGAAGAGACCAAGGUAUUGAUUGUGGCCACAAUUGCAUGGGGACUUCGCAAAAGCUCUCGUGCUAUUAUGCUGGCACUGAUAUUUCUCAUUGCCUUGAAGCCUGGUUUUAUCCACGCUGUAUAUUUGAUCUUCUUUUUAAUAUAUCUCUUGAGCCACAACAUCAGUGGAAGGAUUCGCCAGUGUUUGAUUCUUUUAUGCGAGGCUCACUUUGCACUGUUAUACAUUCUUCAGAUUAAUUUGAUCUCGAGUACUUUAGAACAAAAAGGUUCUUUAAGUAUGGAAGUCCUCUCACAGUUAGGUCUCUUGAAACCUGAAAGUUCGUGGGAUUUUUUGGAAAUAGCUUUACUCGGUUGCUUCUGUGCAGUUCACAAUCAUGGUUUUGAUAUGCUAUUUUCUUUCUCGGCAAUAGUGCAGAAUACCUCAAGCCCUCCUAUUGGAUUUAGUAUUUUAAAAGCUGGCCUGAACAAAUCUGUAUUGUUGUCAGUGUAUGCCUCACCUACCACUGUACAUACACGUGAUAAUCCUUCAUACGAAAGAAGAAUAGCAUCAUUCCUCGGUGCAAUUGGGCAGAAGUUUCUCUCAGUGUACCGAUCAUUUGGAACCUACAUUGCCUUUCUGACUAUUCUUCUCACAGUGUACCUUGUUAGGCCUAAUUAUAUAUCAUUUGGGUACAUAUUCCUCCUCCUUGUUUGGAUAAUCGGAAGACAACUAGUUGAGAGAACAAAAAGACGCCUUUGGUUUCCAUUAAAAGCAUAUGCAAUCAUGGUGUUUAUCUUUAUAUAUAGCUUGAGCAGCUUUCCCAGCUUUGAGGUUUGGUUGUCUAGAUUUAUAGACCUUAAUUUCUACCUAGGCUAUAACAUUGACGCUUCAUCAUUGGAGAAUGUUUGGGAAUCUCUUGCUAUCUUGAUUGUCAUGCAGCUUUAUAGCUAUGAGAGGAGACAGAGUAAGCAUAACAGGUUGGAUAAUUCUGAUACGUUGGAAUUCGGAUUACUUGGGCUCGUUCGACGAUUUUUCAUUUGGCAUAGCCACAAGAUUUUGCUUAUGGCAUUGUUCUAUGCAUCUAUAUCACCAAUUAGUGCAUUUGGCCUUCUGUAUCUGUUUGGUCUUGUCCUUUGUUCAACUUUACCUAAGGCUUCACGCUUCCCACCCAAAUCAUUUUUGGUUUACACAGGAUUUCUAGUAACGGCUGAAUAUCUUUUUCAGAUGUGGGGUAGCCUGGCGGGGAUGUUCCCUGGACAAAGGCACUCAAAUCUGUCUAUAUUUUUGGGUUUUCGUGUAUUUAAGCAUGGUUUCUGGGGUCUAGAAUCAGGCUUGAGAGGAAAAGUGCUGGUUAUUGCUGCAUGUACCCUUCAAUAUAAUGUUUUCCGUUGGCUGGACAAUAUGCCUGCUAGUAUUUUGAAUAAAGGGAAGUGGGAAGAACCUUGUCCAUUGUUUCUUUCAGGAGAAGAUGGUAUCAGUAGUGUUUCCAUUUCUGGUGAGGAAAAUACCGCAUUGGAUUCUGGAGGAUUGCCUGCAGAACAAGUUCGUGUGACAAGCAUUCCAUGGCCAUUUUCCUCUGGUUUGUCUGAAUCACCUAAUAAUGUGUCCUCUAAAGCACGGAGCUCCGAGGGUAGUGGCAGCAGAAGAUACUCAUUUGGCUACAUUUGGGGAAGCACCAGUGAAAGUCAUAAGUGGAACAAGAAGCGAAUACUAUCCUUGAGAAAGGAAAGAUUUGAAGCACAAAAGAUUCUUUUAAAAAUAUAUUUAAAAUUUUGGUUAGAGAAUAUGUUUAAUCUCUUUGGUCUUGAGAUAAACAUGAUUGCAUUGCUUCUUGCAAGCUUUGCUUUGUUGAAUGUCAUCUCUAUGCUAUACAUCGUAUUGCUGGUUGCUUGUGUUCUUUCUAAUAGGAGUGUUAUACGUAAAUUAUGGCGUGUAUUUGUCUUUGUAUUUGCUUCGAUUCUUAUCCUUGAGUACUUUGCCAUUUGGAAGAGAACUUUAUCUUCAAAUCAACCUACAGAGACUAGUGUAUGCUGCCAUGACUGCUGGAGAAGUUCAAACCUACAUUUCAGAUAUUGCAAAUAUUGUUGGUUAGGAUUAAUUGUUGAUGAUCCCCGAGUCUUAAUCAACUAUUUUAUUGUAUUUAUGCUUGCUUGUUUUAAACUUCGCGCUGAUCGUGCCUCCAGCUUCUCAGAGUCAUCAACCUAUAGGCAAAUGAUGUCUCAACAGAAAAAUACAUUUAUUUGGAGAGAUCUCUCUUUUGAAACUAAGAGCAUGUGGACCUUCCUGGACUACCUGAGGCUUUACUUCUAUUGCCAUCUAUUAGAUCUUGUUCUUAUUUUGGUAUUGAUUACUGGAACCCUUGAAUAUGACAUCCUGCACCUUGGUUAUCUUGCAUUUGCUCUUGUUUUCUUCCGAAUGAGGCUUGAAAUAUUAAAGAAGAGAAACAAGAUGUUCAAAUUCUUGCGUAUAUAUAACUUUGCUGUUAUUGUUCUCUCACUUGCAUACCAGUCUCCAUUUAUAGGGGAAUUCAGUGGUGCAGGGAAGUGUGAAACUGGUGAUUACAUAUACGAAAUGAUUGGGCUCUAUAAAUAUGCUUAUGGCUUUCGGAUUACUGCGAGAUCAGCUCUUGUUGAAAUUAUUAUAUUUAUGCUGGUAUCUCUUCAAUCGUAUAUGUUCUCCUCCCCAGAGUUUGAUUACGUGUCUCGAUAUCUGGAAGCAGAGCAAAUUGGUGCCAUUGUCCAUGAGCAAGAAAAGAAAGCAGCAUGGAAAACUGCACAGUUAUGUCAUAUUCGUGAAGCUGAGGAGAUGAAACACCAGCGUAAUCUGCAAGUGGAAAAGAUAAAAUCUGAGAUGCUCAAUCUGCAAGUCCAACUUCAUAGCACGAACACAACGGCAAAUGGUUGUGCUUCUCCUAAAAGUGAAGGCCUAAGAAGGAGGUCAACUUCUCUUACUUUUGAAAAGGAUGCGGAGACCCCUAUUAGAGAGAGCAUUGCCUUGAAAAAGCAGCAGACAAUUGAAAAGGAUUUGGUAUACCCGUUUGAAUUUCAAGAAUCUCCUGUUGCUCAGGACAUGGAAAUUUCAACAGAAGAUGAGUCUAUGAAACAUUCGGUAGAGCCUCCUCAUUGUGAAAUUUCUGAAGUUGAAGAAAAUUUCACUGGUAAGCCUUUUUCGGAUGUAGAAUACAAAGACAAAAAUAGAAACCAGGCAAAGGAAAACCCACUAGUAUCAGCAGUACAACUUAUCGGUGAUGGAGUUUCCCAAGUACAAUCAAUAGGAAAUCAGGCAGUCAAUAACCUUGCAAAUUUCUUGAAUAUCACACAGGAAGAAUCUGAUCUGAAUGGCCAUUCGUCUUCUGAGGAUGGGUUAUAUGAUGAAAUGGAGAGCCAGAAAAAAAAGUAUAUGUCUUUGGGCCGUUCAUCUUCCCUUCAGUCUGAUACAAGUUCUGAUGCCACAAGUCUUCAAUUGGGAAGGAUCUUUCGAUACAUCUGGUCCCAAAUGCGAUCCAAUAAUGACAUAGUGUGUUAUUGUUGCUUUUUAAUUGUCUUCUUGUGGAACUUCAGUUUGCUUUCUAUGGUGUAUCUGGCAGCUCUGUUCUUGUAUGCAUUAUGUGUGAAUACUGGUCCAAGUUAUAUCUUCUGGAGAAUUAUGCUAAUAUACACAGAAAUUUAUAUUUUGCUUCAGUACUUGUACCAGAUUAUAAUUCAGCACUGUGGGUUUAAGUUUGAUUUGGGCCUUCUGCGUGAAUUGGGAUUUCCUGAACAUAAAAUCAUGCCGUCCUUCGUUAUCAGUUCGCUGCCUCUCUUUCUUGUUUACUUGUUUACCCUAAUACAGAGUUCUAUCACUGUAAAAGACGGUGAAUGGAUGUCAUUUUCACACUUUAAGAGUACUGUUUCUGGAAAAAAUGUUUCUAUAACUUCUCGUUGGACUGACAGGGCAAUGGAGGUCAUGCUCAUGGGGAAAAAUAGCCUGAAAUUAAUAUUAAGGAGCAUGUAUAAUUACUGGGCAUCUCUAACGCAUGGUGCAGAAUCACCUCCUUACUUUGUCCAGGUGUCUAUGGAUGUGCACUUAUGGCCAGAAGAUGGUAUUCAGCCAGAAAGAAUUGAAUCUGGGAUUAAUCAAUUGCUUAGAACCAUCCAUAAUGAGAAAUGUAAGGAAGAAAAUCGUAAUCUUUGCCCUUUCGCUAGUAGAGUUCAUGUGCAAAGCAUUGAAAGAAGUCAAGAAAAUCCAAACGUGGCCUUGGUUGUUCUUGAAGUGGUAUAUGCCUCUCCUUUGACAGAGUGUGCUUCAGCAGAAUGGUACAAAUCACUUACUCCGGCAGCUGAUGUGGCAAAGGAGAUUCUUGAAGCACAGAGUACUGGGCUUCUUACAGAAAUGGGAUUCCCAUUUUCUAUAGUCUCUGUAAUCGGAGGAGGCCAAAGAGAAAUUGAUCUGUAUGCCUAUGUAUUUGGUGCAGAUCUGAGCGUAUUCUUCUUAGUUGCCAUUUUAUACCAAUCCGUUAUAAAGAACAACAGUGAAUUUCUCGAUGUGUAUCAGCUUGAAGAUCAGUUUCCUAAGGAGUUUGUAUUUGUCUUGAUGAUUAUCUUCUUCUUGAUUGUGCUCGAUCGCAUAAUCUACCUCUGCUCAUUUGCCACUGCAAAAGUUAUUUUCUAUCUUUUCAACCUCAUCCUCUUCACGUAUUCAGUUACAGAGUAUGCCUGGAACAUGGAGUCUUCAGAACAUGCAGGUGGAUUUGCACUUCGUGCUAUAUAUCUCGCAAAAGCUGUUUCUUUAGCAUUGCAAGCUGUCCAAAUUCGAUAUGGAAUUCCUCACAAAAGCACUCUGUAUCAGCAGUUUUUGACUAGUGAAAUUUCACAAAUCAAUUACUUGGGUUAUCGGCUAUAUCGUGCUCUUCCCUUCCUCUAUGAACUGCGGUGUGUGCUUGACUGGUCUUGCACAACGACAUCUUUGACUAUGUAUGACUGGCUGAAACUGGAGGACAUACACGCAAGCUUGUACCUUGUCAAAUGUGAUGCAGUCUUGAAUAGAGCACAGCACAAACAUGGAGAAAAGCAAACCAAAAUGACCAAAUGUUGCAAUGGGAUAUGCCUGUUUUUCAUCUUAAUGUGUGUUAUCUGGGCUCCCAUGCUGAUGUAUAGCAGUGGCAACCCAACAAACAUGGCUAAUCCCAUUAAAGAUGCUAGCGUUCAGGUUGAUAUCCAGACAAUGAUUGGAAGGUUGACAUUGUAUGAAACCACCCUUUGUGAAACGCUCCAGUGGGAUAAGCUCAAUUAUGAUGUUAAUCUAGACCGGGAUACUAUUGAUUAUUUGUCUUCAUAUAAUAAGAAUGAUAUCCAGUUAAUCUGUUGCCAAGCUGAUUCAAAUACAAGAUGGCUAAUCCCUGAUGUGGUUCAAAAUAAAUUCAUUCAGUCCCUUGACUGGGACAUUGGCAUGGAUGAUAACAUGAAGAUAACUUUUACUUGGGUACUAUCUAGGGACAGACCAAAAGGCAAGGAAGUGGUGAGAAAUACAUGGAUUGUUGAUGAACCUAAUCUUCCAGAACGAACAGAUGUUCAAAAAGUUCUCAAUGGCUCUUUGAACAGCUUUACGAUAAAUAAUGUCUAUCCAAGAUUCUUUCGUGUCACUGGCUCUGGUGACAUCAGACUCUUGGAAUUAGAGAAUAAUUCUGUAAGUGGGAACCUUGUUAUGAAUCAUGCAAACUAUGAAUGGUGGUCUUUUCAUGAUACCACUGCUUUUAAAGGCUGUGGAGGUGUGGCAGGACCGACAGCGAUUGUAGUAUCUGAAGAAACACCGCCAACUGGUAUUCUUGGCGAUACUCUAAGCAAGUUCAGCAUCUGGGGUCUCUACAUAACAUUUGUUCUUGCAGUAGGACGCUUUAUCAGACUUCAAUGCUCUGACUUGCGAAUGAGAAUCCCAUAUGAGAAUCUUCCUUCAUGCGAUAGGUUGCUGGCCAUAUGUGAGGACAUAUAUGCAGCAAGAGCAGAGGAUGAGCUUGGGGUUGAAGAGGUCCUUUACUGGACACUGGUCAAAAUAUACAGGUCACCCCACAUGCUGCUCGAGUACACCAAAGCUGACUAGAUUUACAUACAACACAACUAUAUAGGCUACACACCUUUAACUUGACACAUUAUAGAAACAAACCAAAGCACUGUACAACGAAAGAAGAAAGAAAGAUGGGACCAAAGUUAUGAAAAAGUUCCAUUAACUUUCAGGUGUUAGUAUUGUUGAUAAUCUGCUCACCUCACAUUGUUUUUGAGAUGAUAAUUAUUCAAUUAUUAUUAUUAUUAUUUUUAGUUUAUGUACAUAACCACAAAGUGUAUUCCUAUUUUAAUUUUUUAGUAAUAGGAAAAAAUUAUGUACAUAUAUAAAAUUUCAGACUGUACCAACCAAAAUGUUGGUUUGAUCUGAUGAGC